AUGAGUAACACGGAUUUCCUGGGACGGGCGAUUGACACAGUCAAGAAGGCGAUCGAGAAUGACAAUGAAGGCGAGUACGAGCAAGCCUAUCAGCUCUACUACGCUGCAUUGGAGUUGUUCAUGCUGGCCUUGAAAUGGGAGAAAAACCCGCGAUCCAAGGAGAUGAUUCGUGCCAAGACAGGCGAGUAUAUGGACCGCGCAGAGAAGCUAAAGAAUCAUUUGGCUUCGGGCGAGGGUAAACAGAAACCAAGCGCAGUGGGCGCGAACGGGAAGGUUGCGCAGGGAAGUGGGAAAGGGAAAGAAGAUGACGACAAUGGUGAAGAUGCGGAUGCGAAGAAGCUUCGAUCUGCUCUGCAAGGUGCUAUCCUGUCGGACAAGCCGAACGUCAAGUGGGAGGAUGUUGCUGGUCUGGAAAACGCGAAGGAGGCCUUGAAGGAGGCGGUCAUUCUUCCUAUCAAGUUCCCACACCUAUUCACCGGCAAGCGACAACCGUGGAAGGGAAUUUUGCUUUACGGUCCUCCGGGUACUGGUAAAUCAUAUCUGGCCAAGGCUGUCGCAACGGAAGCGAACAGCACAUUCUUCAGUGUCAGCAGUAGUGACUUGGUGUCAAAGUGGAUGGGAGAGAGUGAAAGACUUGUCAAGCAACUCUUCAAUAUGGCCCGUGAAAACAAACCCGCAAUUAUCUUCAUUGACGAGGUCGACGCACUGUGUGGACCGCGUGGCGAAGGUGAAUCUGAGGCGUCCCGACGUAUCAAGACCGAGCUCCUCGUGCAGAUGGAUGGUGUCGGUAAGGAUUCAAAGGGUGUUCUGAUCUUGGGUGCAACCAACAUCCCCUGGCAGCUGGAUGCCGCCAUUCGGCGACGUUUCCAACGCAGAGUCCACAUCAGCUUGCCCGACCUCAAUGCACGGAUGAAGAUGUUCAUGCUGGCCGUGGGCUCCACGCCGUGUCAAUUGACACAGGCUGACUAUCGAUCAUUGGCUGAGAUGAGCGAAGGCUACUCCGGUAGUGAUAUCAGCAUUGCUGUGCAGGAUGCCCUGAUGCAGCCAAUUCGUAAGAUUCAAACAGCGACACAUUAUAAAAAGGUCAUCGUCGACGGAGCUGAAAAACUUACUCCCUGUUCACCAGGUGACGCCGGUGCGGCGGAGAUGACUUGGCUAAACAUCGAAGCAGAGCAACUCCUGGAGCCGCCACUCAUCCUGAAGGACUUUAUUAAAGCAGUUCGGAACUCUCGUCCUACAGUCAGUAAUGAAGAUCUUACACGCAACUCAGAAUGGACGAAAGAGUUCGGCAGCGAGGGUGCAUGA